AUGAUUCACAAUUUUGAAAUUAGCAAACCCGGUAACAACUCAAACAACGACCCCUCGUAUAUAGAGAAUAACAUAACUGAUAACUGGGAAAAAGACAUAGAGGGAUCAAAUAAAAAUAAAAGUAAAAAAACGGCGAAUGAAAAAGGGAAAAAUGCAAAUAACAAAAAAGGAAUAAGUUUAAAUUAUAUAGUUAAUUAUAAUAGAUAUGAACCCAAAAUAUCAAUUUUAAAAAAAAGCAUAUGCAUUUCCACAGCGAAAAAUAUAAAAAAUAAACGAAAUAAUAACCAAACAUCAUCAAAGAUUUCUAACAAUAAUAAUAAUAAUAAUAAAAAACAAUAUAUAAAUUGUAAUUUUAGGUACUAUGUGUUGGAAAAAAAAUAUUUAACAAAUUCUUUAGAUGGAGAUAAUAUAGAAUGGAAGCAUAUAGAAAAAGUGGAUUACAUUAUUUAUGACGAUACAAAUUUAGCUUGCCCGAUUUGUCUUGAAAAUAAUAUAAUAUCACCGAGGAUAACAAAAUGUAGACAUGUUUUUUGUUUCCUAUGUAUUUUAAAAUAUUUUAUAGAUGAAGGAAAAAAUCAAGCAUGGAAAAAAUGCCCUAUAUGUUUUGAAAUAAUUAAUGAAAAUGAUUUAAGAUGUGUUAAAUUUCAAUAUGUUAAAAGAUAUGAUAUAAAUGAUAAGAUAAGUAUGUGUUUAUUAUUUACACACAAUAAAAAAAUUGAUAUAAAAUGUGAAAAAUUAUAUUUUAAUAAAAAUUUUAAAGUUACUAAUAAUAGUUUUAUUAAAAAUAAAAAAAAUAUGGAUUUUAAAGAUAUUGUAAAUUUAGAUACAACAAUUCAAAAUUUGUAUUCCUUUAGUCAAAAUAAUUCAGAAAAAAUACUAAAAUUAAAUUUAAAUUUAGGAGUACAAUUUUGUAAAAUUUAUUACUUAUAUAAUCCUCUUUCUCUAUUCUUAAAAGAUUUAAAAAUUUUAUAUUUUAUUCGUGAAAAUAAUAAAAAUAAAUUUUUUAUAUCCGAUCAAGAUAUUAUGCAAAAAGCUAUAACCAAUAUCAAAUUCAGGAUAGCGAAAUAUAUGAGUAUACCAAUUGAAAAAUUGGAUUCAAAUAUUUUAUACAUUGACGAAGGAACAGAAUUGGACUUAGAAAAUUUGGCUGAUUCCUUUUACUUAUACAAUAAUUUGGCACAAGAAGUUUACGAUAGUAUAGAACAAAUUAAAAAAGAGAUGAUAACUGAUUCUAUGGGAAUGCCAACGAAAAAAGGUGUGUCUUCAGAUCGAAGAGAGAUUAUUGAUUCAGAAAAAAAUAAUAAUGAAAAUGAAAUAUAUUUCUAUCAAAGUAUCGAUGGGCAAUGCAUAUUCCUCGAUCCUUUCGUUUUAAAGUUAAUUCUUUUUGAAUAUAAUAAUGACAUAGAUAAAAUUCCCAAAUUUUUGUAUAAUAAGCAUAUUACAUAUAUUGAAUCCUUUGAGCUAACUGAAAAAACUAAGAAAAAAUACACGUUUUUAUCAUGCUUACCUCUUGGAAUAAAUGUUUCAUUUGCCACAUUAAACAUUGAUGAUGUUAUAUCUAAACGAACCCAAACUCACUUUGCGAAGGAAAUAUCUGAGCGAAAUAAAAAGAAUUAUAACAUUUUAAGUAAAAAAAAGAAGGAGGAAAAAUUAUUUCAAGCCUUAGCGAAUGAGGAAAUUGCUCGAAAGGAAAAACGUUACUGGGACCUUCCAACUAAUACAAUAAAUAUAAACAUCCCCGAAACAAUUGGAAGUUCUAAUAAAUUAAGGUUAUCAAACCAAAUAGAAGGAAAUAAAUAUUCUCAAACAGAAUUAUAUGAGGAUGAAAUAUUAAAAUAUGAAGACCUCAUACCAUCAGAAGACUUAUAUAAUAUAAAUUCAAAUAGCUUAGAUUAUGAUAAAUAUGAAAAUAAAUUUUUUGAUGCAAUGGAAUUAAAAAAAAAAAAAUUAAAUAAUAAUUUUGGUGACAAAAAAAAGAAAAAGAAAAAUGAUAUCGAAAAUUAUAAGAAAAGCAAAUGUGAAAACAAAAACAUUGCCAAUAAAUAUGCUGCUUCUACAAAACAACAAUCCUUAGAUGACGAUGAUCAAGUUUAUCAAAUAUCCAAAAGUUUUCUUGAUGUUGCUAAAUCUAAUUGCAAUACUAAAAUUGAUAUUCAUGAAAAAAAGGAAGAUAACAUAUCUAUUGGUAGUGGUACACUUAGUAUUAAUUUGAUGGAUUGUAUUAAAAUCAAAACAACUAAAAAAAAAAAAGCAGAAAAUAAAAACUAA